UUACAAUUUAUUUUAGGUCUCCUGUACUUGAAUUAUGGAGGUACUGUAAUAGUUUGUCCGACCCAAUUACAGUACUGCCUACAUGGUUCAUCUUGUCACAAUGAUCCUAUUGAUACCAUGACAAUUAGCGACUAUUUACAAUAUUUAAACUACACAUCAACGGAGUACAACUAUACAACAUCAGAUGGUUACGUCAACAAAAUCACGUAUGUGUACAAAGGCAAUGUCGCACCAAAAAAGAACAUUGUUCUUUUACUUGGACUUUUUAUGACACGUUGGUCCUUUGUGGAUAAUGGUCAAAACUCAGUUGCCCGUCCAUUGCUGGAGGCAAAUUAUGGUGUUCUACUUCCUUGCUUUAGAGGCUGUGAAGACGAUUGCAAAUAUAAUUUAAAUUUUGCGGAACACACCAAACGGUUUUAUAAUUUUAGUAUGGAUGACAUAGCAGAUAACGAUGUGAAAGCCAUCCUCGAAAAGACCUAUGAAAUUACUAAAAACAAAUUUGUAGUUCUAGGCUACUCCAUGGGUGGUGGAGUGUCUUCUAUGUUCUUGUCCCGAAAUAUCGAUUACCAAAAAAAUAUCAUCGGUCUAGUGUACAUCUCUCCCGCCAUAUACUUGCAUGAUUCGUCUUUACAGGCUGUUUCUUCGCUGUAUGUCUUUGGAAAGGCCAUAUUGGAAACAUUUACCACUUGUGAAAUUCGCUUUUCAUUUGUAAAAAUGUUCUCAUCCAACUGUGUGAUCAUGGCUGCCAAGGAAUACGGAGGACAAUUAAUCUUUGGGCCAACGACUUUAGAAAAUUGGAAUACUCUAUCCAUAACUCAAGCAUUAAAUUGGGGAAGCACAAGUUGUAACGUUAUCUCACAAUUUAAACAAAUUAUGUUGAGUAAUGUAUUUGGUAGAUUGAAAAAAGACAUAUUUUCACCUGAUGAUCCCUACCUUUUAUCUAAUAUAAAGCUGCCUGUUGUCUUCUUCACUUCUUUAAAUGAUCGUUUGAUACCUUCGAAUGCUCAAAAAAAGGCUUAUGGUGAAUUUCCGAAAAAAUGUGGUCUUUAUUACUUGGAAGGGUACAAUCAUGUUGGCCAGAUCAAUGCAGAGAACACUCCAACCGAAUUCCAUCCCCGGUUUAUGAAAAAAGUCAAUCAAAUCUUUGAUGAAAUCUGCGAUGCUUCAGAUUCCGAUUAUAAUCCUUAAUAUAUAUAAAAAAUAAAAUAUUUAUUUAUGACUUGGAUAUGAGUAA